GUCCGCCGUUCCUCGCUGCUGGCUCGGUCCAAAUCGCAUCUCGGUUGACCGUUCUCGUGCGAUGAAUGUUCGGUGGGGACUUGAGUUGUUUCGGUUGUUUUUGAUGCAUUUUGGUUGGUCAAUCUAUUCCUCUCUGGGUCAUCGAGAGGUCGCUCAGCAAUGGAAUGACCCUGGUGUGUGAUUCUGGGCCCUGUUUCUGAUAUCUGGAGGUCUUGUUUGUCGUUUUCCUCAUUAUUUGCAUUCGGGGUCAAUAUUUUCCUCUCUGGGUCACGGUCUAGAGGUCGCUCGGCAAUGGGAUGACCCUGGUAUGCGUUUUCGGGUCUUGCUGUCUCUUGGAAGUCUAAUUUCUGGAGGUCAUGUUUGUUAUUUUCGUAAUUUUCAGCAUCACGGGUCAAUAUUUUCCUCUCUGGGUCAUGUAGAGGUCGUUCGGCAAUGGGAUGACCCUGGUGUGCAUUUUCGGGUCUUGCUGUCUCUUGGAAGUCUAAUUUCUGGAGGUCAUGUUUGUUAUUUUCGUAAUUUUCAGCAUCACGGGUCAAUAUUUUCCUCUCUGGGUCAUGUAGAGGUCGUUCGGCAAUGGGAUGAUCCUGGUGUGUGUUUCUGGGUUUUGGGAUUUCUGGUCUAAGGGUCUGACAGCUCAUUUUGUAAUUUCCUCUAUUUUCUGUGAUCCGGUUUGAUGUAUGUGAUUGUAGGUCAUUGUCUAGGGGUCGUUCUUCAUUGACGUGACCCUGGUGUGCUGUCGCUUGAGCCCAUGUUUUCUUGGGCUCAAUCCCAUCAUAUUUCAGCCUCUCUGCAGCUCUCCCUUCACCCACAGUCCCUUGCGUUCUCACAUCUUCAUUGCCGUGUCUCUGUCCUUUGUUUCUGUGUGCUGGCGUCGCUGCGUUCACUGUUUUCUUGGCCUCAAUUCUGCCAUUUUUCAGCCCUUCUGCAGCUCUCCCUUCACCCACAGUCCCUUCUGUUCUCACAUCUUCCUUCCCGUGUCUCUGUCCUUUGUUUCUGGGUGUUGGCGUCCCUGCGUUGGAUGUUUUCUUGGCCUCAAUUCCGUCAUUUUUCAGCCCUUCUGCAGCUCUCCCUUCACCCACAGUCCCUUGCGUUCUCACAUCUUCCUUGCCGUGUCUCCAUUCUUUGUUUCUGUGUGCUGGCGUCCCUGCGUUGGAUGUUUUCUUGCCCUCGAUUCUAUAAUUUUUCAGCCCUUCUGCAGCUCUCCCUUCACCCACAGUCCCUUCUGUUCUCACAUCUUCCUUGCCGUGUCUCUGUCCUUUGUUUCUGGGUGCUGGCGUCCCUGCGUUGGAUGUUUUCUUGGCCUCAAUUCUAUAAUUUUUCAGCCCUUCUGCAGCUCUCCCUUCACCCACAGUCCCUUCUGUUCUCACAUCUUCCUUGCCGUGUCUCUGUCCUUUGCUUCUGGGUGCUGGCGUCCCUGCGUUCACUGUUUUCUUGGCCUCAAUUCUGCCAUUUUUCAGCCCUUCUGCAGCUCUCCCUUCACCCACAGUCCGUUCCAUUCUCACAUCUUCCUUCCCGUGUCUCCAUUCUUUGUUUCUGUGUGCUGGCGUCCCUGCGUUGGAUGUUUUCUUGCCCUCGACUCUAUCAUUUUUCAGCCCUUCUGCAGCUCUCCCUUCACCCACAGUCCCUUGCGUUCUCACAUCUUCAUUGCUGUGUCUCUGUCCUUUGUUUCUGGAUGUUGGCGUCGCUUGAUUCCACAUUUUCUGGGGCUCAAUUCCACCAUUUUUAAGCCUCUCUGCACCUCUCCCUUCACCCACAGUCCCUUCUUUCCCAUCCCUGUUUCUAUGGGUUUCCGAGGGGGCAGUUUGAUGGUCUGAAAUCCCUGUUCUUAGCCCCAUUUCCUGAGUCUGGGGGAUUUGUGUGUCUGGCUCCCUGUGGCCAUGGGUAGUACUAGACAGACCCUUGCUAGCCUUCAGACCAUUAGGAGAUGGGGCUACAGGGCUGGCUAUUGCGGGGCGUGGAGUUGAGGUGAUCCUUGAGGAUGUGAAAGGUGGAUUCAGUGGAGUUUUACGAUCCCCAGAGCUUGUUGGGGUAGUUUUUGUGGGUGGCCUGGGCUCUCGAAUGACAAUGCGGAUUUUUCUUGGUAGAUUUUCAACUCCAGGGAUGUCUGUGUUGAGGGUAGUGUAGAUAGUCCUUGUGAUAGUACCAGGACUUGAAGGGGUAGAUUUUGUGGGUGUUUUGGGGUCUGGGGUGACAAACGAGAGUUUUCUGUUGGUAUUUUGCACUCCAGGGAAGUCUGUGUUGCUUGGGGUAGUGCCAAAAGCCCCCCUCCUUGUGACAGUACCAGGGCUUGUAGGGGGAGUUUUUGUGGGUGUUUUGGGGUCUUGGGCAACAAUCGAGAUUUUCUUGUGGCAGUUUUGAACAUCAGGGACGUCUGUGUUGCUUGAGAUGGUGCUGACAGCCCCCCUCCUUGUGAUAGCCCCAGGGCUUGUAGGGGGAGUUUCCGUGGGUGUUUUGGGGUCUUGGGUGACAACUGAGAUUUUCGUGUGGGUAUUUUGAUCCUCAGGGACGUCUGUGUUGCUUGGGGUAGUGCCGACAGCCCCCCUCCUUGUGACAGACCCAGAGCUUGUAGGGGGAGUUUCCGUGGGUGUUUGGGGAUCUUGGGUGAUGAUUGAGACUACCUUGUGGGUAUUUUGAUCCUCAGGGACGUCUGUGUUGCUUGGGGUAGUGCCGACAGCCCCCCUCCUUGUGGCAGACCCAGAGCUUGUAGGGGGAGUUUCUGUGGGUGUUUUGGGGUCUGAGGUGGCGAACAAGAGUUUUCUGUGGGUAUUUUGCACACCAGGGAUGUCUGUGUUGCUUGGGGUAGUGGCAACAGCCCCCCUCCUUGUGACAAUGCCAGAGCUUGUAGGGGGAGUUUUCGUGGGUGUUUUGGGGUCUGGGGUGGCAACUGAGAUUUUGUUGUGGGUAUUUUGAACCUCAGGAACGUCUGUGUUGCUUGGGGUAGUGCCAACAGCCCCCCUCCUUGUGACAAUGCCAGAGCUUGUAGGGGGAGAUUUUGUGGGUGUUUUGGGGUCUGGGGUGAGAAUUGAGAUUUUGUUGUGGGUAUUUUGAACCUCAGGAACGUCUGUGUUGCUUGGGGUAGUGCCAACAGCCCCCCUCCUUGUGACAAUGCCAGAGCUUGUAGGGGGAGUUUUCGUGGGUGUUUUGGGGUCUGAGGUGAUGAUCGAGAUUUUGUUGUGGGUAUUUUGAACCUCAGGAACGUCUGUGUUGCUUGGGGUAGUGCCAACAGCCCCCCUCCUUGUGACAAUGCCAGAUCUUGUAGGGGGAGAUUUUGUGGGUGUUUUGGGACCUUGGGUGUCGAUUGAGACUUUUCUGUCACCAUUUUUAACCUCAGGGACAUCUGUGUUGCUUGGGGUAGUGCCGACAGCCUCCCUCCUUAUGACAGCACCAGAGUUUGUAGGGGGAGUUUCCGUGGGUGUUUUGGGAUCUUGGGCAGCAACACAAACUUUCUUGUGUGCAUUUUGAACAUCAGGGUCAUCUGUGGUGCUUGGGGUAGUGCCGACAGCCCCCCUCCUUGUGACAAUGCCAGAGCUUGUAAGGGUAGAUUCCAUAGGUGUUUUGGGAUCCUGGGUGACGAUUGAGAGUUUUCUGUGGGUAUUUUGAACCUCAGGAAUGUCUGUGUUGCUUGGGGUAGUGCCGACAGCUCCCCUCCUUGUGACAAUGCCAGGACUUGUAGGGGGAGUUUCUGUGGAUGUUUUGGGGUCUUGGGUGAUAAUCGGGAGUUUUUUGGGGAUGGUUUGGACUCUAGCGUCACCAGCUCUAUUUGUGUUGUCUGUCCUGUUGCUAUUUCGAGAUCUCCGUGCACUAGUGGUUUCUGGGUGACUGAAGAUGUUUGUGGUAGUGUUAGCAGUGCCUGUGGAAACCUCUGCAUCUCUGUCACCUUUGGAUCGAGUGACAUGAACUCUGAACCCUUUCUGGAUGGACAGAGUCACGGAAGAGUCGAUUUCCGGGCACUGGAUGAUGGCACUGGACGGUGGCUUUGCAUGUGUGUUACUUUUGGGUUGAGUGAUAGGAGUAUUGGCCCCUCCCUGGAUGGGCCCAAUUGCAGAAGACCCAAUCGCAGAAGAGGCACUUUCAGGGCACUGGACAAUGGCACUGGCUGUUAUGUUUUCCCUAGUGCCUGUGGUGGCCGGUGAAUCCCUGUUAGCUUUGGAUCGAGUGACAGGAGUAUUAGAUCUUCUCUGGAUGGGCCCAAUCACAGAGGACACAUUUCCUGGACAUGGAACAACAGAAAUGUGUGAUAUGUUACUUCCGGAGGCGUUUCCUUGGCUUGGGGCGGACAUGGAGUUCUGAAAGCCCUCUGUGACAGCCUUGAUCAGUUCGUUUGUGGUUCCGAGAGGUUCUGGCCGGCCCUCGACAACCCUGGUGGAGUUGAUGGUGGUUGUCUUUGUCUUACUGGAUGGGGAGGGGACAGUAGUUUCAAGGAGUUUUUGGUUGUUGUUGGUUGGGGCAGGGACAGAGUUUUCGAGGGCUGGUUUGGUGAGAGCAAUGCUUGGUUGACUUGUGGCUGAAGGGACGUCUCUGGUUGCAAUGACUCGAGUUGUUGUUUCGGUUGUUUUUGAGGCAUUUUGGUUGAUGGUUGAAGCAGAGACAGUGUUUUUGAGGAGUAGGUUGAUGGGAGGAAGACUUGGUAGACUGGCAACCACAGGGAUGUCUUUGGUGGCAGUGCUGUUAUUGGUUGACUCAGUUGUUUUAGAGGCAUUUCGGUUGCUUGGUGGGACAGGGGAGGCGUUUUCAAGGGCUGGUUUGACGAGGGGAGUUCUUGGUUGACUUGUGGUUGCUGGGACCUCUUUAGUGCUGGUGGUGGUGGUGGUGGUGUCUGAAACAUCACCACUAGUUGGAGUUGUUUUGCCGAGGUCCAAAUCAUCACCAAGCUCUCUUGGACUGUUCUGGGAGGAUAGAGAGUGUUCCGAUCCCUUUUGAGUGGGUUCCGAUCCCUUUCGAGUAGGUUCUGAUCCUGUUCGAACACCCCAGUGGAAUGACACAGGCUUGGAUUCCCUUUCCUGAACCUCCACAUCACUGUCCACCGUUGCUAUACUGUCCCUUGAAUCCGUAUCACAGUAGUCCUCAAACUCAGGUUCCAACACUACUUCCUCGAUCCCAUUGCUAUAGGAUCGAGUCUCUUCUUCCGUAGGAGUCAAAACAUCCUUGAGGCACUUCGGAGGAUGCUGGAAAUAGGAGUGGUCCAAGGCUAUGCAAGUCCUAGGGUUGGAAUGGCCUGGGUGGGGUUCCUCAAGGGUAGGAUCUGAUUCCUCUUCUACUACAACUUCCUCAAUGUACUCUGGUGCCCCGUACAGAUGGUAGUCACCCACCUGUUCCACCUCCAUCAGCUGGUCCAAACUGUAAAUCUGUGUAUCAGAUGGUGGAGGUUUGGACACUACCGAUGUAGAAUUGGAUCUCUCUGUAGGAGGUUUCAAUCCCAUUCUCUGUGGUUUUUGAUCCUCCUGUUCCACCUCCCCUAGUUGAUCCAAGGUGUAAAUCUCAUGUGUGGAAUUCUGUGGAGGUUUGGACACUACCGGAGAAGAAUUGGAUCUCUCUGGAGGAGGUUUCGAUCCCAUUCCCUGUGGUUUCCGGUCCUCUGUUUGCUCAAAGAUUUCAAUUUCUAUGAUAUCAUCCAUUUCUUUUUGACAUUUAUCUAUCUGUCGAUCCUCUCCUUGAUCCUCUUUGUCCCUGAAAUCCUCCUCUGGUACCCUCUGUCGAUCCUCUGUUAGUCUCUCAUGAUUCUCUGAUAGGUUCCAAUUCCUUUGUACGUCCCUUCGAUUCUCUGUUUUCCUGUGGCGAGUCUCCGUUGCCUCAUGAUCCUGUAUUGCCCUCUGAAUCCCUUGAUCAGGGUGCACAGGAGUGGAUUCUGACCCUAUGUGUGACGUGACUGUACACAAACUCUCAUUUCCAAGGGAGGAUUCAACACUAAGUUCUCUUACUGACAUUUCCUCACUCCCAUGUCCUUGCCAGCUGCUGAGUUUCCUGUCACAUGAGCUCGUCAAAUGCCAGUCCUUGGAUACCUCAGGGCUCGGAGUACUCAGAAUGUCAACGUUUGGUAUAUUUACAUCACUGCCGAGUUUCCCGUCACAUAAGCUCGACAAACGCCAGUCUUUCGAUACCUCAGGGCUCGGAGUGCUCGGAAUGUUUUGUAUAUUUACGUCACUACCGACCCUCUCUCGCACACCGGCACAAGGUUCUCUGGUGUGACCCGUGCUGCUUUGCACUACGAUCAGUUUCCCGUGACUAGCUAACACUUUGAUCUUCGUGUUUUCCGAGUUCGUUUCGCCCAAGAGAACUUUGCCCAGAGUUUGACAGCCAUUUUCAGCGUUCUUUUCACCGAUAAUCAAUCUCUCCAGAGGGUCAGAUCCCUUUUUUGCGUUUUCCAAGUUGGUUUCCUUUAUGAUCACCUUCUCUAGAGUUUCAAAUCUCUCUGCUGCCAUCUCUAGAUUUGGUUCACCUAUGAUCACUUUCUCUAGAGGUUCCAAUCCCUUAUCCAAGUUUAUUUCUCCUAUUGUCACAUUUCCUAUACAUUCCAAUCCUAUACUUUCUGGCUUCUCUAAAUUUGUUGCACCUACGAUUCCUUUUCCUAGAGGUUCUAAUCCCUUGCCUACAAAGCCUCUGGUAGUUACAGGGUUUCCUAAGCUGCUUUCCUCUAUAAAUAAAGUCUCCAUGUGGUUUAGAUUCAAGUCGUCCAUGAAUCCUCUUUCUAAACCACUUAAGCUACUGGAAUCCAUCUUGAGACCCUUUUCCUGAGAGGUUGAGCUACUGGAAUCCUCUCUGAACCCUUUUCCCAGACUAGACAAGCUCCUCGAAUCCACUUUUUCCAGGGUGAUAGGGAGGUCAUAGGUCACGGGGUCAUAGGUCACAGGUUCACCGUUCCUGGAUUUCACACGGUUCAGAUUCAAGUUGUCCAUGGAGCCCUUUUCCGGAGAGGUCAAGCUCCUGGAAUCCACUUUUUCCAGGGUGAGAGGGAGGUCAGGGGUCACGGGGUCAGAGUUCACAGGGUCCUCGUUCUGGCACACUUCACUCAGCGACCUCUUCUGGCAGCAUUUCCUCAGCACCGUUUCUCUCUUGGCCAGGCUGUGUUGAAGGCUGGUGUAGAGUAUUUCCAGUUGGGGGUUGUGUUUAAACCCCACAAAGGAUGGCAGAGUAUCCAACCCUAUGUCAAAGGCGCGGGGUUGGGGCGACAAGGUGUACGACUCCUUACCGUGGCUGGUGGUAGUGGUGGUGGUGGUGGUGGUUGUAGUGGUGGUGGUGGUGGUGGUGGCAGCGCUGUGGUGGUUCAUGUUGGUGUCCUCGGCCAUCCUUGACACAUCUGGUAACGCUUGUCUGUUGUGGUGGAUC